AGAUGCCCUCAAAUCCACAAUCUCUCUCUCCACCCGCCUCCCUUUUUUAAGACCAAACUCUCUCUCCUCUCUCUCUCCGUGAUAACCAGAGCUCAACGAGGUCUCUCUCUCUCUCUCUACGUGAAGAGAUAUUCAAGUACUUAAAUCUAACUCGGAGACUCUAUUCACGGAGUUAUCAGAUCGGAUCUUUAGAAACAAUACUUUUAAGAUGCAGACGACCAACGGCUCAGAUUCGUCGUUAUCAACUCCCGGAGCCACGCCUCCUAUCCAACAACCAACCCCUCCGCCGCCUCAGCAGUGGCAGCAUCAGCAGCAGCAUUGGAUGACGACGGCGGCGGCUAUGCAGUAUCCAGGUGCGGCGGCCAUGAACAUGAUGAUGAUGCAGCAGCAACAGAUGAUGAUGUAUCCUCACCAAUACGUUCCUUACAAUCAAGGUCCUUAUCACCAUCCUCACUUCCAAUACGCACCGUAUCACCAGCAGCAGCAACAUCAACACAAGCCGCCACACGAGCGUGGAUCUGGAGAAGACGUCAAGACUCUAUGGGUUGGUGAUCUUCUUCAUUGGAUGGACGAGACCUAUCUCCAUACCUGUUUUUCUCACACAGGCGAGGUUUCUUCUGUGAAAGUGAUUCGUAACAAGCUAACAUGUCAAUCAGAAGGGUACGGUUUUGUUGAGUUUCUUACACGUGCCGCAGCUGAAGAGGUUCUUCAGACCUUCAGUGGUUCAGUAAUGCCUAACUCAGAGCAGCUCUUUCGUCUAAACUGGGCAUCUUUCAGUACUGGUGAGAAGAGAGCUGUUGAGAAUGGUCCAGAGCUGUCGGUAUUCGUUGGAGAUUUGUCUCCGGACGUGACUGAUGCUAUGUUGCAAGAGUUGUUUGCUGAGAGAUAUCCAUCUGUCAAAAGCGCCAAAGUUGUGAUCGAUUCCAACACCGGCCGGUCCAAAGGCUACGGUUUUGUUAGGUUUGGUGAUGAAAGUGACAGGUCAAGGGCUUUGACUGAGAUGAAUGGAGCUUUGUGUUCCAACAGGCAAAUGAGAGUUGGUAUUGCGACUCCUAAAAGGGCUGUUGCUAAUCAUCAACAACAUUCUUCACAAGCUGUGAUAGUGGCUGGUGGACAUGGAGCAAAUGGUUCUAUGGCUAAUGGUUCACAAGCUGAUGGUGAAUCAAACAACUCAACAAUAUUCGUUGGUGGCCUUGACCCUGACGUUACUGAUGAAGACCUCAGACAACCUUUUACAGAGUUUGGUGAGGUUGUUUCAGUGAAGAUCCCAGUAGGCAAAGGAUGUGGAUUUGUCCAGUUUGCUAACAGGAAAAGUGCUGAUGAUGCCAUCCAGAGUUUGAACGGGACAGUCAUUGGCAAGAACACUGUCAGGCUCUCAUGGGGAAGAACCCCAAACAAGUGGAGAGGAGACUCAGGGCAGCAAUGGAAUGGAGGAUACUCACGAGGGCAAGGUUACAACAACGGAGGAUAUGCUAACCACCAGGACUCCAACACCUAUCCUGCCGAGACUUGAAGAGAAGAGACUCAAGUGAUCAUGAUCACAACACAAUCAAUCAAUGCUAAACUUGUAGUAGAAAAGGAGAAUUUUGUUAGAUGGAUUUGGUUUCGUUAGACUUAUGUUGUUGUUUGGAGAUUCAAAGAUUUUGGUUACUACUGGUUUUGUCUUAGACAAAUAGUUAUGGUUGUGCUUGUUGGAUCAUGUUUGCUUUAAAACGUAAAACCGUCACCUUCUUACAACA